AUGGUUGAUGUGGCCUUUAACAAUCGCAAUGUACAGGAGCUGUUCAAAGGAGCUAUGAAGGAGGUCAAAACUGAUCAUGAAGAUAUCGUAUACCUUUGCAAGAACAUGAUGCCUGAUAUAUGUACAAUUGGAGAAUCGAGGAAAUCGUUGCAGGAGGAUGUACUAUUCCUGAGCGAAGCAAUCUGUAAAGAGUUUGAAAACAGUACUUAUUUCAGAAUUGCCCUUCUGAGUACGCUUUUAGCUGUAGUACUCGAGCAACCUCAAAAACAACCUCUUAUUGGUUUACUUAUUUUGAAAAUUGAUGAAAAAAAUGGAUAUGUAAGUGCACAAAUUUUAGAUUUUUUUGCUUCUCAAUUGCAAACUGCCCUAAAUGCAACCCACACUGAAGACUGGUCUGUACACUUGGCAAAUGAAGGUGGCCCUUGGAAUGCAACUAAACAGAUUUUAAGAUUACUUUCGAUCUUAUCGCCUCUGUUAUACCAUGAUGACCUCAUUACAAUUUACAAAAAUUUGUUAAAUCUUUCCAUUAAUCUCAACAACGUUCACAAGCAAACAAGAAAUCCCCUUUCUGAAUUAAUUUUCCACAACACGCUGCUAAAUAUCCCAUAUCUAUUUAUUUUUGAGAGAAGUGACGAGAUUUUGAUACGUAAUUUUGAAACAUUAUUGAAGGACUUCGAAAGACGUUACAACUUCAAAAAAAUUAAUUAUAAUUUGUUACAAGAAGUUACACCGAACGUCCUAGUCGAAAUGAUUGAUUUAGAAAAUGUUAUAUUACCAGGCGUAAGAAUGAUCCUAUCUGAUCUUAACUAUUUGGAUCGAAUCUUUCACAAUUGGGGUAAAUCACUAACUGGAACUUGGCGUAAGACAGCGACCAAACUAAAAGUGGUCAUUCCAACUUUAGAGGAAGUCAAACCUUUUGCGAGCCUGUCUAUAACGAGGGGUUCGAUAGAUAACUUAUGGAAAUCCCCCAGAUGCUUAUUUAAAGUUUUCCAACCAUCUGGAACCACAUCAAUUGCUGCAUUAACACAAUUAACUCCAUUUCAUACCCAUUUAUUACAAGAUAUCGUGAUAGACAUAGUUCAAAAUCUAGAGUUUAACAGAGAGGAAGUUGCAAAGCAAAUUAUGUCACUCGAUUUGUUCUUCCAGAAUGGAUUGUUUGUACAAGUCUCGUCAUCGUCAGAAAAAAACACAAUGACGUUUGAAGGAAAUACUUCAUUAAUGCAGGCUGUAAAAAUAGAAAACUUAGUUAUUGAAGCAAUACUGUCAUUAUUAUUCAAAUUACCAUAUUCUACAAAACCCUUUGCAUAUUACUACACAUUGCUUGUCGAAAUCUGUCAAAACUCCCCGAAAAUAAUAGCUCCAGUUUUCGGGAAAGCGUUUAGAUUCUUUUAUCACAAUCUGUCUCAUAUCGACAUUGAACUUAGAUUAAUAUUUCAUGAAUGGUUUUCCAUUCAAUUAAGCAAUUUUAACUUCAGCUGGAAGUGGAAUGAAUGGGAGAAUGAUUACAAAAAAUUGAAUAAACAAAUUUAUAACCCCCAAAUGAUAUUCAUAAGCAAUGUUAUUGCAAAAGAAUUACGUCUGACAUCAAACUCAGCAGAAGUUGAAGAAAGUUUGCCUCAGUGCUUUACAAAAUUUAUUUCCCCUACCUUCAUUUCAGUGAGAUCAUUGAAUGCAUACUACAACUCGUUUUUUUCAGAUAAUUCAAUGACUUUAGAGUUCGAUGAAAAGUUGAGAUUCUUUUAUCUACAAGAUGACUUUCCAUAUCAGAAUUUUACAGAAAGAAUAAUAGAAUAUUUCCAUCUAUCGUCUAAAGAAAGACAUAUGGGAAAACUUUUUGAUAUUGUAAACACACUGAAAGAGAACUACAAAACCGAAAUUUCAAAUUUUGACCACUUUAUUAUCAGCUUAUUGAUUCAAUGCCUCUGUUUUUCCGGUAGAAGAUCAUUAUCACAUGCCAAUAAAUACAUUGACGAUUUUGCAGAUGAUUUGAAAGCAAUUUUCAAAACGUUAAUCCUUGAUCGAAGUAUAAUAGAAUUUACCAUUGUACAAGCCAUUUUGAGAUUUUGGAACACAAGUUCACAAACUGGUUUCCUAAUAACCAAUACCGUUAAAUUCAAGGGCCUAGUUUCUUCGAAAGCAAUCCUAGAAUUUAUUUUAACAGAAGCUGAAAAUAGAAACUUCGCAUUAACUGAUUAUACUGCAGUAGAAUGUAUCUUUAAAAAUUUGGAUGACGAACAAUAUUCUUAUUCUACUAAGUUUGAAACGUAUCAAUACAUAUUCAGGGAGCUUUGCAAAAACUUAAACAAAACUCUGGAGGUAUUAAAAUAUUCAAGUGAGAUGUCUGAUAAAACCAAAACACAUGACCUUGACUGGAAACGUCUCACUACACUCAAUCUUCUAAAAAGUUUAUUAAGAAGAUAUGCCAACGGUUACCAUUAUUUGACUAAUUUCUUAAAGGAGGAAGUCAAAAAUAUUUCUCAUGAUCAGACCAGGUCGCAAUUAAGUCAAUGGAUUGAAGAAUUAAGAUACAUCGCCGUCUAA